GCAAUGGCGUCCGUGAAGACCGACAAGAUGGGCUCGUCUCAACGAAGCUACGGAAGCGUUGUCUUGACGCUUGAAAAUUGUCUUAUCGGUGAAGAAAAACUGUCUCCAACACCUUCUGAGCUCGAUGGACUUGAGCCUGCCUUGGAAAAUGAGCUGAGGAUCAUGGGAGCCGAGCUCAUUCAAACGGCUGGGAAACUCCUCAAGCUGCCGCAGACAGCAAUGGCCACAGGGCAAGUGCUAAUGCAUAGGUUCUACUACUCAAAGUCUUAUGUUAAGCAUCCUAUGGAAAUCACAACCAUGGCCUGCCUUUGCUUGGCGUCAAAGAUUGAAGAGGCGCCAAGAAGGACAAGAGAUGUGAUAAAUGUGUUCCAUCACAUCAAACAAAUUCGUGCCAAAAAGACCAUAUCACCAGUUGUCCUGGACCCAAACUACAUUCAUCUGAAAAACCAAGUGAUCAAGGCAGAGAGACGCAUCCUCAAGGAACUGGGAUUCUGUGUGCAUGUCCAGCAUCCUCACAAGAUGAUUGUAAUGUACCUGAGGUUCCUGCGGCGGGAGAACAGCACUGAGCUGCUUCAGUACGCAUGAUUAGGUGAGGAAUGGCUUGGUAAGUAGGUGGCGGCUCGCGGCCCAGCCGGUCCGGUCUGCCGGUCGUCGUCUGGUCUCCCCUCCUGCCGGCGCCGCCGCCCUCGGACCACCAGCGGGCAGCGGCCGGCGCGCCG